AUGUCUAACUCAUCAACCAACAACGAUAUUCCCAGGGCCCACCCGGAGCUGGACAGGCUGCUGAGUCCUAUAGUCACGGACUUCACUGUCGGCAAGUAUGUCGACAGUGACCCGGAACGUACGCCAGUCUACCCCAGCGUCCAUGACCUGCCUCGGAACGAACUCCUUCUAAGCGAAAGGGAAGUCAAGGCCUACCGUAAAUCAUUCCAGGGCAGGCCUAUUGAACACUUUAACCCUUACGCGCGUCUCAAGCCCAUGGUAGCGGAGAUCUUCGACUCCAUAAUGGACAAAAGAUACGCACUGGACAGCGACCAAAGCAAAGCUUUUACCGGACUUGGAAUGGAUGAGAGGGGGGCAUUCACUCAUCCCGUAGAGCUUGUCGUGACAGUGGCUUGCAAACUGCUGGAACUUCUCGUAAACGGCACCCGCUCUGGCUUCAUGCAAAGCAACAACGAAGACCAGAUGAAAGAGGCUGCUGGCCACGAGAUUCCCGAUUUUGCCGCGAGAAAGCUCGAGCUGUGCAACGCGCUGAUGCUGGAGAAGAGCAUCGCCCACGACGUUCUCAGCGGCGACGAGCAACUCUGGGUCAACUUUGUCUUCGCGCCCGGCGCCUACGCCGUGGUCAAGAGCAGGCUGCGCUGCAGCAUGGAACGAAAGGCGAGGAGGAGGUCUAGGAUCGCUGAGAGGGACGUGUACAUGCCCGACACCGAUGAUGAGGUCGACAUCUCCGGGUUCUACCAAGCACAUCGGGAGCCCCGAUACGAGGCCUCCAGAUACCCGUUCUACAACGAGAUGGGCCCUGCACUCACGUCCUGUAGCAUGAUUAAGGCGGAUGCCUACUUGAAAGAGGCUCUGCCCCGCCUUCCCCCUCAGCCGGACCGCUUCCUCGACACGAUGAAGGGAGCGAAGCCUUACCUCGUCAUCAAGAUGUACGAGGCUAUUCGGGAUGUUACCGAUAUCCAGAACGCUCCCAACAGCGCCGACUACAAGCGCUUCGUCGUCCCCGAGAAUGGCAGGCAGCCGGCCUUUACCCCUCGCACUUCCCCUAAGGCCAUGAUAGAGGCCUGCUGGAGGAUCCUGGACUUCUUCCUCGAGGGCGUGGAGAACGGUUUCCUCCUGCCCUACAGCAAGCCCAAUCCAGCCAAGGAGCCGGUAAUCGUCAGCCACAGCGACUACCACUGCGUGCGCCGCUUCGCCAGCAUGCUGGAAAUCCUCAGGCGGGAGAAGACCGUCUGCUGGAAGUUCCUCAAGAGCAACCACCAGCUGGACGAGUUCGUCUACUGGCCUUACGAGUGGACAGACUACAGGCGCGAAGCUCACUCGAUCAACGAGUGGCUCCGCGCCCGGAAAGAGGACCGCGACCAGAUGCUGGCUGAUGCGAUCGAAGAAGAGGAGGAGAACGAUGCCUAUCACACCAUCGCGGCAGAAGAUGGCCUCGUUUCAGCUGACGCGGCAGCGUUCAUGGAGGAGUUGAGGGCUGCAUUCAGCGCGACCGAGGAUGUCAACGCGCCUGAGGAUGCCAACGAGCCUCAGGACUACAGCACGGCUGAGGACGGCAACACGUCCGAGGACGACGACUUCGAGGCCCCGGCUGCUCCGCCUUCCGAUGAAAUUGAUGUGGAGGAGCAACCCGAACGCCAGCUGACUGCAUUCUCGGACGGCUUCGCCACCAACGGCGCCCACGUCAGUGCGGUCGAGGCUGACGACUGGGACAUGGAUGAAGAAGAGGGCCAGGCUGCUGACGACGCAGAGAUCCCGAUCGACCCUACCCUCGAGGCCACGACUGAUCUUCUGGACGAGCAGAUGGCCUGGGACGCAAUCGGAGUCGAGUGGGUUGAUCGCGACACGUUCUUCGGCGCUCAGGAGGCUGAGGUCGAUGCUGAUGUCAUGGAUAUCGACUCUCUGCCACCAGCCACUCAACGGUCGGGGGCGCCGACUACUGCAGCCAAACCCGCGGUAGCCGCUCAGCACGAUGAGGAUGGUGCCGAGGAGCUCGAAGAUGACGAGUUCCUCAAGAGCUGCACGAUGAUGGUGGAGAACACUGACCAGGAUGGUCAGGUUACCAUCAAUUAA